CACCGGAAGUUGAACUCCUGAGUCUCCUGGAAGAGAAAAUGUCUGGUGUGGUGUUCGUCUACAGCUUUAAAACCUGACUUUAUCAUGAUUAGACACGUUUUCCUGACAGGUUCUCCAGGAGUGGGUAAAACCACACUAGUCCAGAAAGUGCAGGAGGCGAUAAGCUCAACAGGUGUGUGCAUCCAUGGCUUCUGCACGGAGGAGGUCAGAGAAAGUGGGAGAAGGGUGGGAUUUGAUGUAGUCACCGUAAACGGCCAGAGAGGAAUCCUGGCCAGAGUCGGUACUACAGCUCCAUCUGGCAGACGUGAGUAUACUGUCGGCCAGUAUGUUGUCGAUCUGCCCUCGUUCGAGAGUCUUGCGCUGCCGCUUUUCCGAAACUCCUCACAGGACUCUAGUUGUUCCUCACAGGCGAGCAACGGAAGCAGGAAGGUGUUCGUUAUAGAUGAGAUUGGGAAGAUGGAGCUCUUCAGUCAGGCGUUUAUCCGAGCGGUGAGACAGGCUCUGGACAGCAUGGACUGCACCAUCUUGGGAACAAUCCCUCUUCCUAAAGGAAGACCCCUGGGCUUAGUGGAAGAGAUCAGAGCAAGGAAGGAUGUCAAGGUCUUUAUGGUUACAAAAGAAAACAGAAAUGCCAUUAUGGAUGAAAUUGUUGCUGCACUAAAGGAAUGUCUAAAAUAAAGAUCUCUGAGAAGACAAGAGGAACAGUGGCAGAAAACCGGAGCCGAACCUGCAAGACAAACCCGAUGCAAAAGUUUUGGUUCUCUGGGACAGUUUCAGUAUCAGUGCUGAGAGGAUUCUUUCUCUGUUUUUGUUUUUAAGAUCUUUAAUGUUUCUGUAACUAGACCCUUUGUGUUGGGGGACAUCUUUCAUGCUAAUGAAUGCUUUGGAAAAGCCUGAACGCUUCAGUGUGACGUUUAAACUCCAGCUUUUCGUUCAGGAAUCACCUCUCUGUGUUUUACGUUACUGAAUAUAAUCCGAGCUGGUGAUAGAGACAGCUGUGAAAGAGAGCCGCUGUACUGCUUUUCAUGAAACUUUUCUAGAAGUUCUUGCUGUAAUGAGUUGCUUUAUUCUGCAGACGUCUUCAGAAGAUGAAGAUAACUGAUGUGAAUGUGUUUUUUUUUCUUUCUUCUUUUUAGAGAGGAGAGUUUAAUUUUUAUGUACGGUUGCAAUCUGGUUAACAAAUAAAACUGCCUGGACUUGGCAAUAAUAA